CGCGAAGAACUGGCGAAGAGGACGAUGCAGGCGACGUCGGGACCGUUCAAGACAGCGUACAACUCCUCUCUCGAUGAGCAGGCGAAAUAGGCAACGUACACUAACCUUUUCAGACAUGCAGGAUACCAGAAAGAGGGAAUAGGACAUGGCGGAGCUAUGGUGGCAGGACAGUCGCAUAUGCCGGUUAAGCAAUUUGCAUGGGAAGGAGAAACUCAGCUGGAGGCGGACUCGGCCCUUUUGAAGAUGGAUUGAUUGUGUGUGUUCACUCUUGGCUGUAUUCGUUCCUUACCGCUCCUUCUCCUCUUUCCGUCGCCUUCUGGCUGACUGGUCCACCUUCUUUCCUUAUAGUCUCUAGUCUCUCCUCCUUAGCUUUCAUUUCUGUUCCUGUCCUUUCUGCUUUCAUAUCUUCCCCAUGUCCUCCUCUGUAGGCCAUGGUCGCUCUCGUGUACCUGCACCUGCCGUUCCGCUCGCUGUCUCCGCAACUCCCCAUCUCGGAGAAAGGACAUCCAGGUCGAACUGGGAAGACGAAGAACACGACUCACAUCGACCUCUCGUAUCGGCCUCUCUCGUCCGAAAGCACACGCAAAAGUCGAAUCUGUCCUUGCGCUCGUCGUCGAGUAAUUACGGCACUACACGACCAGACACUGCAGCUUCCACUGCUUCCCGGCCUACAAGCGCUAGACAGCAGCGGCCAAUUCCUGCGCCCGACCCGAUCAUCACUAUUUCCGCUUCAGGCUCAAACUCAACCAACCCAGACAGCCCAGGAGACGACAUCAACGACGACGCCGACGCAGACUACGUGACCGUCGACCACCUCUCUGCCGCAGACGCUGCCAGCGCCGCCCUCCAUCCUGUUCCCAAGGACAAGGCUUCUCGAGUGCUUGGUAUCAGGCACCGCAAGAGCAUGGAACCUAUACCCGCCCCCAAUCGUGCCUCCAUUGCUUCUGUACGCUCUGCUCCUGCUCCCGACCCUGCUCCUACCCCUCCUUCUGGUCCUAUUUUACCCUUGGCAUCACUUUAUGUCGUCUCUGGUCUUCCAAAGAGCCCACACACAUGGACCCUUGCCGAUCCCGACUCUGUCAUGGGUCUGCACCAUACUGAUGGUGCCGUUGGAAGAUGGUGGCGUCCUGAAGCUCUUGGGAGCACCGUGAGUCCUGGUGCUGGCGGACACGCUGGCAAGAAGAAGCGCAAAAGCAAAGCGGACGACAACGGUACUGUCUUUAGUAGCUCCGGCCACCUCAGUAAGCAGGAGGUUGGAAAGAUGCUCUCCAAAGCUCUCAAGUUGUCUUUUACACGUGAAGUCGAAAUUAUUGCAUCUACGCUUCAACCCGCUUCAACGGUGCACAAUUUCACCUUCACGCUUCCCGCUCCUUCUACCCCGCUUGCUCCAAAUUCGUCCACAGAUAUGCUACGCGCCUCCGUUCUCUCCGGCACCACAGAUCCACGUUCCUCAGUGCUCACAUUCCCUUAUCCAUACACGGAUGAUCCUUUCUCCAGACACGCCCGUCCAUCCUCAGCCUUCCUCGGUCCUCCCGCAGGUUUUCUCUCACCCAAUGGACAUACCCCAGGCGGCAGCGCGUCUGCUAGCGUCAAGAACCCCAUGUCUGGCAACGCUAACAAUAUCACCUAUCAUGGUGUUUGUUUGACCGUUUGGUCUCAUGCAGAUGCUGAACGAACCGCUGCUAUUCGAAGGACGUUGGAGGCUUCAAGGGCUCGUAAAGAAUCCGGUCAAUCACUCGUUUCACGCGCGAAGAGCUCCCACAGCGUGAGCUCUGUUGACCCAUCGGCUCAGGCGAGGAGGAGAGCUAGGAUGGGUGCUAAAGGCCCUUGGGGUGCUGGGACAGAUGCCGAGACCGACAUGGAUGGUGCUGAGACUGAUGCCGAUGUAGAUGGUGGUGCAGUUAGUGAGAGUGACUUCGAGGUCGCUAGUACGGUUGGACAUGGGCCGGGCGAGAGUACAUUAUUCUUGCCUGGUGACACCGUGUUUUGGUUACCGUAUGCGUUGACUCUUGUGUCGCGAUACCCCAUUUACGACCUCAUGCGGGAUUAUUUAACCCUUUCGUGGGCACGGUUCUCUAAGGACGUCCAAUCGCACACUCUGCAAAUCAGCAAGAUUCUCUCUCACCCUGCUCCUCGUCCGGGAGAGCUUGUGCGUCUCGAUGCGUCCUCUGCUCCCAAUGCCCAGCAUGGUAAUUUAGGACAUGGUCAUGGCUCCGAGACUAGCUUGGAGGUUGUGUCGAGGUUCCCUGGUGGCUUGGACUUUGGUAGAGGCUUGGUUGACGUGAACUUUACGAUGUGGCCUCUGUUCAAGUGUUUGAAUAUUGAUAACAUCUUGACUAUAUGUGAGAUUGCCCUCUCGCCAACUGGUCGCAUCCUGUUCUUCUCGCGUCACCCAGCGAUGCUUGGUAUUGCCGUCCUCACUGUCAAGUACCUGGUCGAGUUGAGAGGGUGGAACGGUGUUGCCUUAUCAGCUGUGCAUUCUCGCGAUGCCAAGAUCUACAUUGAUGACCCUGGUCCAUGGAUUAUGGGACUUGCUACCGAGGCACGAUAUGCUGUCAGGGCUCCCUCGGAAGUUUGCAUCGUUGAUUUGGACAUCAAUUAUCUCAAUUGUGCCUCUCCUCCGCCAGGUGUUGUUUCAAGCAAGCAGCAGCGCGACAAGUAUCGUCAGAAGCUGCUUUCUGCGUUUGAGCCCCUUUAUCACCCUGAUCACUGUGUCCCAAGUGAGUUCAAGGAGGCUUUCCCCGCUGGAAGGUUCCGCCCUGUCUGCAAGAUUCAAGCCAAGAGGGGUGCUGCGUCUACUGCUGUCGCUGACAUGAUCAAGCCUCCAGAAUGGUGGCAUUCUACUAGGAUUAUCCAGGCGUUUGAUAGUGUCUUACAGGACAAGUUCAAGAAACCUUCUCUCCUUAAACGUAUCAGCUCCUUCGGCACCGUUCGCGCGCCGCCCCGUCUCACUCCCGCCGAACAGCAUAUCCAGCUUUCUAUUCGUAAACGCGCCACCGCGUUCGUCGACGCUCGCGAUGAUUUGGAGACCAAGAUUGGUCGAUUAUCGAGGAGGCUGAACUUCUUGAUGACCGAGUCUGAUCUUUGGAGAGACAAAUUCGUCACUUUUGAGCAAUAUGCGGAGAAGUUGAGUGUGGAGGCUAGUGAGCUGAGGGCGAAGAUUAAUAAAGAGCAGAGGGAGACUAAGAGGUUGUCUAGCAUGGUGUCUAUGACAGCUGCUGAGAAGGCCAAGCUUCAGAAUCAACUCAGGGACACCGAAACUGCUCAUAAGAAUGCGUUAGAGGAGCUUGAGAAAAUGAGGGACACGAUGAUGAAGAUGGAAGAGGAACGCGAGGAGAUGAUUGCAGAAGUCGAAGCCCAGAUCGAAAGGGCUCUCGCACACAUGGCUGUCGACGUGGAUGAAUCCUCAGACUAUGGUAGCUCUCGUCCAAGCAGUCGACUCUCCUCUCGUUCAGCUCCAAGCACACUUCGUCGUCGACCUAGUGACAGCAUCAACCGACCCUUGCGUUCGUUCAGUACGGAUUCCACUCUCGCGGAAGCCUACAAUGGUAGGGAUGAUGGCCCUGGGAGCGCUGGAAUUAAAACUGUCCCUGAGGUCGAGGAAGAGGAAGAGCCUAUGACGCCUUCGAAGAAGAAACGAUUCUCUGCUUCGAAGGAUGAUAUGCCUCAGGAUGGCAUGUAUGCAGUGGAUGAAGGGAUCAGUCAGAAAAGCGAUAAGAUCGCUCAGAAGGUCUUACAGAUUCAGCGCAAACUGGAGUCUGCUCUUGCUGUUGAUGCCCAACGUCGCUCUCUCGAUAGCGAAAGCGAGUUCUCUGAGGCUGCACGGUCUGCCACUGGACGUCGUCGUCAGGGUAGCCGAAAUGUCAAUGUCAAACAUCAGAAACUUCGGAGCAUCACGAUCUCUCCUGUUGGCAGCGGCCGCAAUACUCCCAUUCGUCAUGGAAAGCGAGUAUCCGAAGACCGCAAAUCGAUUCCAGCCGAAGAGAAGAAAGCAGAGCCUGUUCUGGCUGAGACGAAGAAGCAGGAGAUCCAACCCGAGAAGCACAAGGUCGACCUGCCUGGUCUUCGUAAGAUUCCAUCCCUAGUGUCAUUAAAUGGCACAAGCCCGAUAUCCCCUUCUGAUGCCACCGCGAACAUACCCUCACUCACCACUGCCGCGAGCGCAACCACAGACGACGAGGACACCGAUUUCCAGAGUGCCUACUCUACCAGUCCUCGUGGUAGCUACGGUAGUUUCGAGAACUUUGCUGUGAAAAGCUAUGAUACCAGCGACAGCGAUGUGGGAACCCCUACGACUACUGGCGGCGAGGACCACCUCGGUGACUUUAGCGGUCGAAGGUCCAGAGAUCGUGCAUCUAGCACUGGUACUGCAAAAGAUACCAAGAGCCACCUGCGAGUCAGUCAAGAUACCGUAAUGACAGCGACUCCUCGCAUCGCGACUCGCUAAACAUUCCCUAUGUAAUGCGAUACCUUCAGUUCUUGUCGUUAAGUUUAUCUAUCACUUUAUAUUGUUCCCCCGGCCGCUAGAGGCUUUAGUUCGUUCGUUCUUGCGCUGCCUGUGUUUGAUCGAUUGUAGGUUGGAUCUUGUUAUUUUGUUAUGUUUCGUUGGGUAGCAUUUACCGGUACGUGUUGGCUCUACAUCUUAUGUUGAUCUAGUUCAUUCUACAUGAUAUAUUAGAAGUUCUAGCAAUACAUCCUUGGAUACAUCCUAUAUCCUAUACAGUCCGUGUAUACACUAUACAUUAGGAAUCCAUACGACGACGAGCGUUGAAAGCUUUUACAACAGUUGCAACCUGGCCGAAAAACCAGCUUUGAGCAGACUUGUCUGGAAUCAUGACGAAUUUAUCGUGCUCCUUGCCACCCUUGUGAGCAAAUCGAAUUCCGGUGUCCUCGAUUGUGACCCCUUGAACAUGAGUGAAUGGUAACUCCCAUUCUAGGCGAAGCUUAUUGGACCAGAACGACAAGACCUUGGUGGUAGUCAAAAGUACAACGUUGUCACCACCGGGAAUGUCU